CCCCGCCUGCAUUGGCCGAGUACCUCCACACCCGCCCCGCCAAGUCGCCACAGGGUGCACGGAUCCCUGCGUAUCACGGCCAGGGACUCCGGUACCCCUCGGGGCGCGCAGUGGCAAGGGCAGGGCAGACUGGGGCCCCAGGGCGUGGGGUUUCAGGAGUCCUCCCCACCCUCCGCUCCGCGGCCGGGACACAGUGCAGCUUCCGGCUGGGACGGCCCUCGGGUUACAGGGAGCCAGGGAGCCGCUGGUGGGGUGGCGCGCCCGCGCUGGGAUCGGGGGCGAGCCCGCGCUGGGGGAGUGGUUUCCGUCCACGUCCCCUCCUCCUGCCCUUUCUCAGACCCGCCCUCUUUAUCGGUCGCCCCCCACCCUCAGGAAUAUGGGUAGGGUCCCAGUCGGGGUGUGAUGCCACACUGGGGGCUGGUUUCGGGAAAUUCGGGGGUCAGGGCUUUGCGGGAACGAGAUGUGGUCUGAUGAACGGGCAGGGCACCCCCUGGGAAGGCCAGUGUGGUGGUGAGCACGGUGCCAGCAGGAAAGGCUGCUAGGCUAGACCCUGGGGUUCCCGACAAGGGCCUUGGAAGGCCUGGAGGCCCGGGCUGGACCCUGCACCUGCCUUCCUUGGGGCCCCAGGUCGGUGGGAGGGGCUGCGAGCGGGGAGGGCGGAGCCAGCCCGCCUGCCAGCUGGCCGGAGGCGGGGCCCAGGGUCCGCGCUGAGAGCAGCCAGGACUGCCUGGUACUCUCAUUGGCCCGGCCUGGUCAGCCCCGUGCCCAGGUCGGCAAUUCCAGGACCUGUUCAAGUCCUCUGCAUCUUACCAUUCCCUCACCCAAGCCCUUGCCCCGUCUCGAGAGCCCCCACCUCAUUUCAGUCACAAGACCUAGAGCAGCCCCCAGCCGGCCUCCCUUAAUGCAGCCUCUCCUGCACCUGCUGGCUUCGAGGGGGACCCGGAGCCUGCCUAGCUCCACCCAGGCCCCAGCCCGCCGGCCCCACUGCCUGAAAUUGGGCCACAUGCCCCCAGCGGCCCCUCUGCCAGGCCCUCUCCCGCUUCCCAUGGGGGCAGGGAGGCUCCUGUGCACCCCACCUCUGGGUGCCCACCGCUCCCGCUUAGCCCUCGGCCGCCUUUGCCUCUCACCCGCUUUGCCUGCCCGUCUCUUCUCCUCGUCUCUUCUCAGCUCUGCUCAGGCCACCCAGGCUGAGCCCACCGCCAUGGCCAGCCCCGGGAAGCCCAGGGCUGGGGAGGCCCAGGAGGAGGAGGGGUGGGAGCAGGGGCGCACCCCGGGGUCCCCGGCCGCAAUGCUGGAGCAGGCCCAGGAGCUCUUCCUGCUGUGUGACAAGGAGGCCAAGGGCUUCAUCACCCGGCACGACCUGCAGGGCCUGCAGAGCGACCUGCCCCUCACGCCCGAGCAGCUGGAGGCUGUGUUUGAAAGCCUGGACCAGGCGAACACUGGCUUCCUCACCGCUCGGGAGUUCUGCCUUGGCCUGGGCAAGUUCGUGGGCGUGGAGGCCACCGUGGGUGCUCUGCCCUCCCGGGCUCCAGAGGAGACCUUCGAGUCGGGCUGGUCGGAUGUGCAAGGCGCCGGGGGCUCAGUGGAGGAGGACGAGGAGCUGCUCUGCUCAGCGCUGGAGCAGCUGGGGGUGGCCCGGGUCCUGGGCGAGCAGCAGGCAAUUCGGGCGCUCUGGACCCGGCUGCAGCGUGAGCGGCCGGAACUGCUGGGCUCCUUCGAGGACGUUCUGAUGCGCGCGUCAGCCUGCCUGGAGGAGGCGGCCAGAGAGCGGGACGGCCUGGAGCACGCUCUGCGGAGGCGGGAGAGCGAGCACCAGCGGGAAGUGCGGUGUCUGUACGAGGAGAUGGAGCAGCAGCUUCGAGAGCAGCGCCAGCGCCUACGGGGUCAGGGCCUCCCCCGGGAGGAGCGGAGAGGCCGCCUGGAACUGGAGCUGCAGAGUCGCGAGCAGGAGCUGGAGCGCGCGGGGCUGCGGCAGCGGGAGCUGGAACAACAGCUGCAGGCCCGGACCUCCGAGCAGCUGGAGGCGCAGGCGCAGAACGCACAGCUGUGGCUGGCCAACGAGGCGCUGCGGACGCAACUGGAGGGCGCGCAGGAGCAGCUCCGCAGACUGGAGGGCGACGCGCAGGGCCGCCGCGAGCAAGCCCAACGAGACGUGGUCGCGGUCUCGAGGAACAUGCAGAAAGAGAAGCUCAGCCUCCUGCGGCAACUGGAGCUCCUCAGGGAGCUGAACACGCGGCUCCGAGACGAGAGGGACGUCUGUGAGGCCCAGCGGCUGGGCAGCGGCCGCAGGAAGGCUCUGAGCUCCGCUCCCCUGCUGGGCGCCCCCUGCUGCUGCUGUUGCAGUAGCUGGGCUCGCCCCCCCAGACGCGGCUCCGGCCACCUGCCCAGUGCCCGCUGACUAGCCCGAGCCUCACUAGCCCAGUAACUCACUGGGCCUCACCUGGCUGCUCAGAGAAGCCGCCCCUUGAAGGCGACUCGGCGUCGCUGGGGGCUGCCUAUCCAGGAUGUGGGCUCUCCCCAGUGAGCUGCCCGGCCUGCCUGACUUGCAGACAUGAAGGAACUAACCUGGGGGGUCAGGGACUCAUGUCUCUCGCUGCGGUCCUCAUUCUAUCCCCAGCGCAUGGAAACUAUCAGAAAACCCCUUCCUCUGAAUAAAGUUCACUGACUUCAUCCUC